GUGCGGGCACCGGAGCGCUCUCUGCGUUCCGAGGCACCGUGAGAACAGCGGAGCGUGUCGGUGAAGGCGGCGCAGGGCAGCGGCGGGCGGUGCCGGGGCGGAGCGCGGGCGGAGCGCCCCAGAGCCGCCCGCGGCCCCGCUGAGCCCUUCCUUCACAACCAUCUCCCUAAUAGCAGCCUCAAGACAUGGCCUCCAAGAGAGCAUUGGUGAUUCUGGCUAAAGGGGCAGAGGAGAUGGAAACUGUAAUCCCCACUGAUGUUAUGAGAAGAGCUGGGAUCAAGGUGACUGUUGCAGGCCUAACAGGAAAAGAGCCAGUGCAGUGCAGUCGAGAUGUCUUCAUUUGUCCUGAUGCCAGUCUUGAAGAUGCCAGAAAAGAGGGGCCUUAUGAUGUUGUGGUCCUGCCUGGAGGGAACCUUGGGGCUCAAAACUUGUCUGAGUCUGCUGCUGUGAAAGACAUUUUGAAGGACCAGGAAAGCAGAAAAGGCCUGAUUGCUGCAAUAUGUGCAGGUCCUACUGCCCUUCUGGCCCAUGGGAUUGGGUAUGGAAGCAAAGUCACAACGCAUCCUUUGGCCAAAGACAAAAUGAUGAAUGGGGCUCACUACUCCUACUCGGAGAGCCGCGUGGAGAAGGACGGGAACAUCCUCACCAGCCGUGGGCCUGGCACCAGCUUUGAGUUUGGCUUGGCCAUCGUGGAAACCCUGCUGGGCAAGGAAGUGGCUGAACAGGUGAAGGCACCUCUAAUACUGAAAGAUUGAAAUCCUUCAGGUGUGGCAGAGGCACUAGGACAAAUUUAGACAGAGAGUCUUAUCCUUUGUAGAAUAACUGUAAUGUGCACUGUUGUAAAUACAAUUUAAUUGUGGGUGAAAUUAGUAACUGUACUUACCUGAACUGGGACACCUUAACAAACCAAAGGUCUUCAUUUCUGGAAAAAGAUCCCAUUAGCAAAAAGCUCUAUCACAGAAAAGCAGCCAGCAUGUAAUAAUCCUAGUUAGUUCUUGGAUGGCAUUUAAAAAUCACAUGGAAAAAUGUUUGCUGAGUAAAUAAAAAUAGAGCAUCCCUA